AGUGUGGGGCACAGUGUGUUCAAGAAGAGGCCAGCGUUGCAGGCAGUGCUGUGCAGUGAGGAGAGUGUUGAUUCACAGGAAGAGAGACGAGCCCAGCGUGGUUAAACCAUGCUCACUAAGUGGGAGAACGGCUCUGCCCAGGACACAACAUGAAGGUGGGGAGGAAGACAGGCCACAGUUUCUCUCCUGACGUUCCUCCACUCCUCACUCUGGUCGGCCUCCUCCCUCUGCUUCUCACAGGUGAGGUGUCAGGGGUCAAUGUGACGAGUCAAACAAAGGUGGUGAGGGGCAUUGUGGGCAAAGAGGCCCUGCUGUCUGUCAGCUACACCAGCAGCAGCACAGACAAGCCUGUAAUCAAGUGGCAGCUGAAGAGGGACAAAGUGAAGCCCGUCACCGUGGUGCAAUCCAUCGGCACAGACAUCAUUGGGAACCUUCGGCCGGAGUACCGUAACCGCAUCCUGGUGUUCGAGAAUGGCUCACUGCUGCUUCACAACCUGCAGCUGUCAGACGAAGGAUCGUACGAGGUGGAGAUCUCCAUUACGGAUGACACCUUCACAGGGGAACACUAUAUUGACCUGACUGUGGAUGUUCCAGUUUCCAAGCCAUACAUCCAGAUGGUGGCGUCAUCUGUCCUCGAGUACAGUGAGCACUUUAACUUGCACUGCUCCCACGAAAAUGGCACCAAGCCCGUGUAUGCUUGGCUGAAGGGAGGGAAGGUGCAGGCUAACGACUCCCGCCUGCUGCUCUCGCAUGACCAAAAGGUGCUAACCAUCGCACGCGUUCUCAUGUCAGACGACGACAUCUACACCUGCACGGUGGAAAACCCCAUCAGCAGCAUGAAGAGCACACCUGUCAAGCUCACUGUCUACAGACGGAGCUCGCUGUACAUCAUCCUGUCCACCGGAGGCAUUUUCCUCCUCAUCACCCUGGUGACCGUGUGUGCCUGCUGGAAGCCUUCCAAAAAGAAGCAUAGACCUGUCCCACAGAGAGCCCCCAUCUACAUGGAGCAGGGUGAGAAUGGCCAUGAUGUUGAUGUUGUACCGAAACCAAUCACCCUCGGUCGAAGGAGUCCAAUGCCCUUGUAUGUACUUAACGAAGAUGAGACUCUGGAGCGUUUGGAAGAAAGCGCUUGCAACGCUUUCAGCCAAUCAGAAUUGAGUUUCCCCACCACCUACGUCCCGGUCCUCCCCACCCACGCCCCCAGAACUGAUCCGCCCAUCUGGACAACCCCACGCAGGUACUCCCGCAGCCCCUCCCCGCUGGCACAGCUUCUCCCUCAAGCCCCGGCGGGUCCUCCCCUGAGCCCCGCUCGCUCGCCAGCCAACUCGCCCUGCUCGUCUCCACGCAGUUUCAGCCCCAUCAGGAAAGUUCGGCCCCCGGUGGGAAUCCCAAACAUUCGCCUGCCCGUGGAGGCAGAGAGUCCCGCCCCCAUUGAGAAGACACAGGGGCCUCCGCAGCAGUGACGCCGUGUUGUUAUCACACAUCACGUUUGCUGCAUCUUGCCCGGAGGAGGACGUUUACGCCACCAACAAUACUUUUGUAGCCUUUUGAUGACAUCUUGUAAUAUUAAAGUAUAUUGUGUCGAGCAUUAAUAGGUUACAUGCACUAUGCAGACUUCUCCUUUUGAUCAACGAUUCAUUUCACUGGGAACGUCUGAUGAGUAGUUUGGGUGCUUCCGUUUUUUAAAAAUCAUUUAAACCUCAAACUGUUCUUAUUGUGUAACUACAAAA